AAAUCUCCAACCAAUCCCUUCAUUUUUCUGCAAUUACCAUUCUCUCUCUCCUCCUUUUCUGUCCCUCUGUCUGAUUUUCAUUUCUGCAAUAAACUUUUUGGUUUCAAUCGAUCGAGGAAACUUCCAUGGCGGAAAAGCACUUCAAAUACAUCAUUCUCGGCGGUGGUGUUGCUGCUGGGUAUGCUGCUAGAGAGUUUUCGAAGCAUGGUCUUCAACCAGGAGAACUAGCCCUCAUUUCUAAAGAAGCGGUGGCUCCUUACGAACGCCCUGCUCUCAGCAAGGCUUACCUCUUUCCAGAAGGUACUGCUAGACUUCCUGGGUUCCAUACCUGUGUUGGAAGUGGAGGGGAGCGACUUCUUCCUGAGUGGUAUACCGAAAAAGGAAUCGAGUUGGUCUUGAGCACAGAAAUUGUCAAAGCUGAUCUGUUUUCAAAGUCUCUUACAAGUGCUGCUGGAAUCAUUUUUAAGUUUGACAAUCUGAUCAUUGCAACUGGUUCUACAGUUAUAAGAUUGACCGAUUUUGGCGUUAAAGGAGCUGAUGCAAAGAACAUCUUUUAUCUUAGAGAGAUUGAUGAUGCUGACAAGCUUGUGGAAGCAAUUAAAGCUAAGAAGAAUGGUAAAGCUGUUGUGGUUGGUGGGGGUUACAUUGGUCUGGAGCUUAGCGCAGCACUGAAAAUCAACAAUUUAGAUGUCUGCAUGGUUUACCCAGAACCCUGGUGCAUGCCGCGUCUCUUUACUGCUGAUAUUGCUAAGUUUUAUGAGGGCUACUACACCAACAAAGGAAUCCAAAUUAUUAAAGGAACAGUAGCAGUUGGAUUUGGCUCUAAUGAUAAUGGAGAGGUAAAGGAGGUACAACUAAAGGAUGGUAGGGUGCUUGAUGCUGAUAUUGUGGUUGUUGGUGUUGGUGGAAGACCUCUUACUACACUGUUCAAGGGGCAGGUUCAAGAGGAGAAGGGAGGAAUCAAGACCGAUGCCUUCUUUAAAACAAAUGUCCCAGAUGUGUAUGCUGUUGGUGAUGUGGCUACCUUUCCAAUGAAACUGUAUGGUGAUAUUAGAAGGGUUGAACAUGUUGAUCAUGCCCGUAAAUCUGCUGAGCAAGCUGUGAAGGCCAUCAAAGCUAGCGAGGAGGGCAAGUCCAUUGAAGAAUAUGAUUACUUGCCAUACUUCUAUUCUCGCUCCUUUGAUCUAUCAUGGCAAUUUUAUGGUGAUAAUGUAGGAGAUGCUGUCGUCUUUGGUGAUAAUGACCCUGCAUCAUCAUCCCACAAGUUUGGUUCUUACUGGAUUAAAGACGGGAAGGUUGUUGGAGCAUUCCUUGAGAGUGGAACCCCUGAAGAAAACAAGGCCAUCGCUAAGGUUGCUAGAGUGCAGCCUGUAGCUGAGAGCUUGGACCAGCUGUCUAAGGAAGGCCUUGGGUUUGCCUCUAAGAUCUGAACAAGAUGAAUAUAUUACAGCCCAAUUGUGGUGGUUGUGUUUAUAUGACACCCCGUUGCUAGACACUAUUCCGUGUGGUUUACUCCUGGAGAUAUGCUGCUUAAUAAAUUUUGGUUUGCCUCUUUGAGUUGUUAGUACAUACUGCAGCUUGCUAGUGAAUUUGACAUUGAGAUUUGAAAAUUGAGAAUGAAUUAAAGUUUAUAGAUGACAUUCUUGUUUUAUCUCA